GUAGGGGGCUGUAGUCGGGGGUGGUGGGAGAAGGAGGAGGCGGCGAAUCACUUACAAAUGGCGCCGAAGCAGGACCCGAAGCCUAAAUUCCAGGAGGGUGAGCGAGUGCUGUGCUUUCAUGGGCCUCUUCUGUAUGAAGCAAAGUGUGUAAAGGUUGCCAUAAAGGACAAACAAGUGAAAUACUUCAUACAUUACAGUGGUUGGAAUAAAAAUUGGGAUGAGUGGGUUCCGGAGAGCCGAGUACUCAAAUAUGUGGACACCAAUUUGCAGAAACAGCGAGAACUUCAAAAAGCCAAUCAGGAGCAGUAUGCAGAAGGGAAGAUGAGAGGGGUUGCCCCAGGAAAGAAUACAUCUGGUCUGCAACAGAAAAAUGUUGAAGUGAAAACAAAAAAGAACAAACAGAAAACACCUGGAAAUGGAGAUGGUGGCAGUACCAGUGAGACCCCUCAGCCUCCUCGGAAGAAAAGGGCCCGGGUAGAUCCUACUGUUGAAAAUGAGGAAACAUUCAUGAACAGAGUUGAAGUUAAAGUAAAGAUUCCUGAAGAACUAAAACCGUGGCUUGUUGAUGACUGGGACUUAAUUACCAGGCAAAAGCAGCUCUUUUAUCUUCCUGCCAAGAAGAAUGUGGAUUCCAUUCUUGAGGAUUAUGCAAAUUACAAGAAAUCUCGUGGAAACACAGAUAAUAAGGAGUAUGCGGUUAAUGAAGUUGUGAGAGGCUGCCAUAGCCACAGACAUCUCCCUGUGCUUUUGAUCGUCAGUCCACUCUUCUUUGAUUUGCCAGGAGUUUCUGGUAAAGCAGAAGGGAAUUACUCCAUGGGCUACAUUCUGAUUGCAAUGAACUAG